CGCGAGAAGAAAAAAGAUAAGAAAAGUGAACAAACGGAAAUAGCGAAAGCGAUCGCUGAAAAAUUUUCCGGUUUUGAUUGAUAAGUGAAUUUUUAUGGCAAGUGCAGGGCUGAAAAGAACGGAUUCGGGCGGGUAUGAGGUAUUCCUGGAAUAUAAAAAACCGUCAAUCAUGAGUUGUGUGGAAUUUGUGGUCACUGUAGGAUCUAUUGUUCUACUUAUUUUUACACUACCGUUUUCGUUAUUUUGGUGUUUUAAGGUGGUCCAAGAAUAUGAACGAGCAGUUAUAUUUCGUCUAGGUAGAGUUCGAAGAGGAGGAGCAAGAGGACCAGGAAUUUUCUUUGUGUUGCCAUGUAUGGAUAGCUUUGCUACAGUAGAUCUAAGAACUAUUUCUUUUGAUGUACCACCACAAGAGGCUUUGACCAAGGACUCCGUGACAGUUACCGUGGAUGCAGUAGUGUAUUAUAGAAUACAAGAUCCUUUAAACGCUGUUGUAAAAGUUACUAAUUAUAGUAACUCUACAAGACUGCUUGCCAUGACUACGCUAAGAAACAUAUUGGGAACUAGAAAUCUAGCAGAAAUUCUUUCUGAUCGAGAAGCCAUCUCACAUGCCAUGCAGACUUCAUUGGAUGUUGCUACGGAUCCAUGGGGGGUUAAAGUCGAAAGAGUGGAAAUAAAAGACGUCAGUUUGCCUCAACAGCUGCAAAGGGCAAUGGCUGCCGAAGCAGAAGCUUCUAGAGAAGCUAGAGCAAAAGUCAUUGCUGCUGAAGGAGAAAUGAAGGCAUCUCGAGCAUUGAGAGAAGCUUCAGAUGUCAUCAAUGAGAGUCCAGUUGCUUUACAGUUGCGGUACCUGCAGACCCUCAACAAUAUAUCAGCGGAGAAGAAUUCGACAAUAGUAUUUCCCCUACCGAUUGAUCUCAUCAGCUAUUUCGUCGACGCCAAGAGCCAUAAAUAUUCAGGAAAUGAUAGAGCAAAACACACGAUUUAAAAUAUAGUUUAAAUGGUUUGUUGUAGUAUUUAUAAUGUUGUUUGUAAGUAAAUGUUUAGAAUGUAA